AUGUCAUCAGUGUCUACCGCAGAAAACGAUGAGUGUUUUACACCAACCCAUACCAGCACUUCAGGCAAAACGACUAGCUAUACAAGUAUCGGGAUGCAAGAACCCACAGUUGAUGCUAGAACCCUUCCAUUCCACAACAUGACAUUUAUAAUUCGCGAUCUUAAAACCCACCGCGUUAUCAGUCUCAAAGAAGGCGCACCGAUAAUGGUACAUCAAGACAUCUUUCACUAUCACUACAAUGCUGCGAGCCACUGGCGUUGCGUUGAAAAUGAGAAGAUGUGGCUUGGCUUUUACAAUGACGUUUCAGGCACGUAUCUUGGGCAUGACAACAAGGGUCAAAUUAGAGCAAGCGCGACAAAGCAUCAGGCAUGGGAGUGGUUUUGUCCACGACAACAUCCAGACGGCGGUCAGCUACUCUUGAUAAAGGAUAAUGAUGGUUUCUCGCCGAUGAAGAUUGGGGGGAAGGGAAAUAUGGAGUUAGUGGUGGAUAGUCAGAGACGGGAAGGGACCACAUGGGAGUUUAUUACAAUUGACACUGGAUCUUGA